AUGUCACAGUCUUUGUUAUUAAGGAACUCUUCCUCUUUGUGGAAGAGAACCAUUCAAAAAUCUGCAUACAUAUCAUCAUACAUUAAUAAAACUAAUACAAAUAUGUCCCCAUCAAUUUUAAUAAAUUAUCCAGUUUACAAUCUUAAAAGUUUUCAUACUGGCCCUGUAAGUGGUUCACUUAAUUCACAACUCGCUAAAAAAGUGAAAACAAAAUAUAACUUUGAACCUGCUGAACCAUUAGCUAUUGAAGAUCUAAAUGAACACGUUUUGAACGCUAAAUAUGCCGUUAGAGGUUCAAUACCAAUGAGAGCAGAAGAAUUAAAAAUUCAAUUACAAAAAGAUCCAAAAUCGUUACCCUUCGAUAAAAUUAUUAAUGCCAAUAUUGGUAAUCCUCAACAAUUAAAACAAAAACCAUUAACUUUCUAUAGACAAGUUUUAUCUUUAGUACAAUACCCAGAUUUACUAAAAUCUUUAGAAAAAUCAGGUCCAAAUAAAGAAUAUAACUUAGACGCUAUAAAACGGGCUAGACGGCUAUUGAAUGCCAUAGGUGGUUCUGUUGGUGCUUACUCAAAUUCUCAAGGUGUUUAUGAAAUUAGAGAAACUGUUGCUGAUUUCAUUACAAAGAGAGAUGAAGGUGAACCAGCUUAUCCGGAAGAUAUCUUCUUAACUGCAGGUGCAUCUGCUGCCGUAAAUUAUUUGUUAUCUACUUUAAGCAGAGGUGAUAAAACAGGUGUUCUUAUUCCAAUCCCACAAUAUCCAUUAUACACAGCUACUUUGGCUCUAAAUAAUACACAUGCUUUACCAUAUUAUUUGGAAGAAAAGACUGGAUGGUCUACCAAUAUGGUAGAUAUCGAAAAAGUUGUCAAUAAAGCCAUUGCGGAUGGUGUUAAACCUUCAGUCUUAGUUGUUAUAAAUCCAGGUAAUCCAACUGGUGCUGUCUUAUCUAGAGAAUCUAUUGCUAAGAUUUUCGAAAUUGCCUCAAGACAUGGUAUUGUUGUCAUUGCUGAUGAAGUUUACCAAGAAAAUAUCUUUGGUGACGGUGAAUUUGUCUCUAUGAAAAAGGUUUUAAGAGAACUUCAGCAUGAUCAUCCAGGUCAAUUCGAUGACGUUCAAUUAGCAUCAUUACAUUCAACAUCUAAGGGUGUCUCGGGUGAAUGUGGUCAAAGAGGUGGUUAUAUGGAACUUACUGGUUUCAGACCAGAAAUCAGACAAGUGCUCCUAAAAUUAGCUUCUAUCUCAUUAUGCCCUGUUGUUACAGGUCAAGUUCUAAUUGAUUUAAUGGUUUCCCCACCUCAACCUGGUGAUGAAUCCUAUCAACAAGAUCAAUUAGAAAGAUCUGCUAUUCAUUCAGAAUUGGGUAAGAGAGCUCAAUUACUAUAUGAAACGUUUAACAGUCUGGAAGGUGUCGAUUGUCAAAAACCUGAAGGUGCCAUGUAUUUAUUCCCAAAUAUUGAAAUGCCAUUUAAAGCAGUUCAAAAGGCUCAUCAUCUAGAGAUGACUCCAGACGAAUUUUACUGUAAAUCUCUACUAGAAGCAACUGGUAUUUGUACUGUUCCGGGUUCUGGUUUCGGUCAAGUUACUGGUACAUAUCAUCUUAGAACUACUUUCUUAGCACCAGGUGAACAAUGGAUUAAGGAUUGGGCUAAAUUCCACAAGGAAUUUUUUGAUCAAUACCGUGACUAA